AUGGAAGAAAUAGAAACGGAAGAAACAAAUAAGAAAUUAAAAACAGAAGAUUAUAAAAUAAAAGAAAGCUUUAAUCAAAGAUAUGAUGAUAUGGAAGGAAUGAGAAACAAAAAAUCAAUAAAAGAAAUGACCAAUGAAGAAUUCCUAAAACAAUUUAAGAAUUUACCAGAAAUUAAAGAACUAAGAGAAUUACUUCUGAAAUAUAAAGGAAUAUUCGCAGUAUCGGAAGAGGAUAUGGAACAGAUACCACGAGAAAUAGCGGAAUUUUCAAUACCAUUAAAAGAAGGAAUGCAGCCUAAAGACAUGGACAUAAACCCAGAAGAAAAGAAAGAUAUAAAAAUACAAGAAUCACUUAAAAAAUGGCUAACAAAUCAAAUGAAGGCAGGAUAUAUACAAAAGGUAGAAAAAGGAGGAAUUGUAGAACGUGUAGAAUUUGCAUGUAAUCUCAUAACCGUAGAAAAGAAAGGAAAAGACGAACUAAGACAUUGUCAAAAUAUGACCAGGCUCAAUGAAUGUACAAUAGAUAGAUCACAAAGGAUAGGAUUUUUAGAAAUGCAAUUAAAAAAUGCGGUAGGAUACAAAUAUUAUUCGACAAUGGAUAUAAGAAUGGGAUUCAAUAACAUAGGAAUAAAGUCAGAAGAUAUAUAUAAAACAGCAUUCAAAUGUAUAUAUGGAAUAUAUGUACAGUUGGUCAUGGGAUUUGGAUAUAAAGACGCACCAACAGAAUUUCAGGAAACUAUGGAAAGAAUAUUCAAAGAAAUAAUAUUUGAAGAUUGGAUAUCGAUCUAUAUGGACGAUAUACUGGUAAAAACAAAUUCAACCAGAGAAAUGUUACAAAAUUUAGAAAAGGUAUUUAGAUUAAUGGUAAAAGGAAAAAUCAAAGCAGAUCCAUCAAAAUGUGAAUUUAUGAAAAAGGAAGUAAAAAUCUUAGGAAAACUAGUAUCGGAAAAAGGAAUGAGGAUACCAGACGCUUACCUAAAAGCAUUGGAAGACUGGAAAUGGCCAGAGGGAUUAGAAAGUUAUAACGGAAGGAUAACAUGGAUGAUGGAUUUUGUCCAGGAUGCACAAGAAGACAUGUCAAUAAUACGAAGAGUCAUAAAUGAAGAAAAAACGGGACCUGUAGAUUACAAGGAACCAAAAGAAGCAUUUGAACGACUUAAAGAAAAGAUAAGAAAAAGAGUCGUAUUAGGAAAAGCAGAUUAUACAAAGAUAAUGAAAUUAUCUUGUGAUGCAAGAUUUUAUUCAAGAUCAUUUAAUAAUUUACAAAAAGGAUAUUCAAUUCCAAGAAAAGAAUUAAUGGCUAUAAAUGAAGGAAUAGAACACUUUUAUGCAGAUCUUAGGAUAUCUAAAGAAGUACAAAUCCUAACAGAUAGCGCAAUCGCAUAUAAAUUACAUAAAAAUAUAACAAAAGGAAAAAUAACAAAAUCACCAAAGUUUUUACCGCUACUAAUAGAACACAUAGAAUUACCUAAGCAGAUAAUCUGGAUCAGUAGAGAUAAAAAUAAAUGGUCAGAUCUCAUGACACGAAUAGGACAGGAAGAUAAGAAGAAAUUUGAAAAUGAACAAAUUGAUAAAAUAAUAAACAAGGAAAAACUAGAAAUAGAUCAAGUACAAGAUACAGAAUUAUACCCAGGAGGAAAAAAGAUUGAAAAUCCAAGACAGGAAAAAAAGAAAAGAAAAAUGAUGAAUAAUCAAAAUAACGAAAAAAUUGAAAAAGAAAAAGAAAUAAACAAUAAUAAUCAAAUUCAAGAAGAAUAUAAUAAACUUCGGAAGGAAAUAGUUAAACAAAAUACCGAAGAAAUUAAAGAGGAAUUCGAAAAAUUAAUUAGACUUAAUCGAGAAAUAAGAGAAACAGACGAAGGAGAAACGAAUUACGAAAAGAAAAUAGAAAAGAUAGGAAACCUGAGAAAACAAAAGAAUCUAAUCAAAAGAGAAAUUGAAAAUCAACAAAUCACGUUUCAACCCGAGGAAUACGAAGAAAUGAAGAAAAAUCUCGAGAAAUACAAACUAAUGAUGAAACAAAUAGAAAAGGAGGAAAAAGAAAAAGAAAUCGAACAAAAGAAGAAAACCUAUCAAGAGAAGAAAAAAGAAUUAAAGGGAAUAAAUCAACAAAUCAUGGAACUGACGAACCAACAGGAUCGACUAAUUUAUGAGUUGAGGGAAUUAGAAAAUGAAAUCACUGGAAAAGAACUUGAAAAAGGAAAAGAGAAAAGACAGGAAGAAGUUCGAGCAGAAACCUCCAGAAGGGAACCAUCACCGGGAGAAAUAUGGACCAAAAGAUACGAAGAAAGAAAUCAAAUCGCAACAAAUAAUACAUACAGAGAAAGUAGAAGACCAAUCCAAUACGGGAAUAAUUGGGAAAGAAGAGGAACUUUCGGAUGUAGUAACUGUGGAGAAACCACCCAUGCGGCACAUCAGAAAGGAUUGUUACAACUAUACAACAAAGGAAAUAAUGGUCGCAAGAAAGAAGAUUGGAAAAAUGAUGGAUGGCACCGACCAGGAGACUACAAUAAAAUAAUAAUAAAAAGAUCGGAAGGAAAGCUACCAGUGUUACCAAGGGAAAUUAUUGAAGAAAUACUAUUACAUAACGAAAAACAAUAUGACAAGGAAGGGAGAAAAGAAAUAUUAAAGUAUAGAAGAUUAUCAAAAGAAUGGAAUGAGCGAUUUAGAAAGUUUAACGACUUUUCAUUAGUAGAAAAAGAAUACUGUAUAUUGAAAGAAAAGUUUAAAAAGAAGCAACCAUGUUUAUGUAGCAUAGAUCAGAAUGGACACUUGGGAGAAAAAUGCGAUUAUUGUAUAAAAUAUCUUAAAUUCCUAAAUUUUGAAGAAAAACUAAUAGAUAAAUUCGGAAGAAAAAGAUUUGAAGAUUGUACUUGUGAAUACUGUAAGAAAGUAGAAGAAUACAAAAAGAGAAGGAAAGAAAAUAAGAAAUCAGAAGAUUACGGAACAAUCGUUAACCAAAUAAUGAACAAACAAUUAGGAUAUGGAUCAUGGACCAUAAGAGAAAUAAUAGAAAAUAUUAGGUAUCAUAAAACUACCAAUAGUCACGGGAGAAAUUGUAGGACAUGUAACAUACUAAAAGAAAGAUUAGACGAGAUAAGGGAAAAAGAUAAUCAAUAUUACUAA